GUGUUUCCAGCCCUCAACUCGGCCCAGAGGGCUGCUACAACCCAAGGACCACGUUCCAAGGUGAUAUUAAAGCCGGGUCAUUCUCCCUUAGAUUGGGCUGCGCUAAAGAAUUCCAGCGCGAAUUUGCGUGGCAUUCAUCCGAGUGCGUUUCCGUUGCGUGUGACCAAGGAAGAGUUGAAGAAGCAUAGAACCCACGAAGACAGCUGGACGACUAUUAAGGGCAAAGUUUACAACAUAACCCCCUAUUUGGACUUCCACCCCGGGGGCAGAGAGGAGUUAAUGAAGUGUGCCGGGAAGGAGGGCACUUUGUUGUUUAACAAGUACCACGCCUGGGUCAAUGUGGAGCGCAUGUUAGACAGCUGCAUGGUGGGGGUGUACGUA